GGCAAAUGCGUGGCAAUAAUUCUAGCAUAUAAGCUAACACAGAUCUUCAUAAACAGUAUCUCCUUUCUUCAUUUGUUUACAUCCUUUCUGUAUUUAUUUAUUUUAUUAUUCUGAACACAAAAUAGUAUAUCUGCAAAUAAUCCUUAGCCUGAAGUUUUGAGUAUAUCUGCAAAUAAUCCUCGCAAGUUCCUUUGCGUUCCCAUUUUUCCUCUUCCUUUCAACCUUCAUAGGAAACAGCAGCAGUGAGACCAAAACCCAUCUAGAUUUUGCUGUUUAGGGCUUUUAGCUUUGAAAUGUCUACUGGAGUUCAACAUCAAGAGAGAGUACCAAUGAACCUAAAGAAACAACUUGCUCUUGCUGUGAGGAACAUUCAAUGGAGUUAUGCAAUUUUCUGGUCCAUUUCAACUAGACAACCAGGGGUGUUGGAAUGGGGAGAUGGUUAUUACAAUGGAGAUAUAAAGACAAGGAAAACAGUUCAAGCUGUAGAACUCAACACUGACCAAUUGAGUUUACAGAGAAGUGAGCAACUGAGACAGCUUUAUGAGUCUCUUUCAGCUGGUGAAAGCAGUCCUCAAGCUAAAAGACCUUCAGCAGCAUUAUCUCCUGAAGAUCUUACUGAUACUGAAUGGUAUUACUUGGUUUGUAUGUCAUUUGUAUUCAACAUUGGCCAAGGAUUACCUGGAAGAACAUUGUCUAGUGGUCAACCUGUUUGGCUUUGUAAUGCUCAUUGUGCUGACAGUAAAGUGUUUGGUCGUUCACUACUAGCUAAGAGUGCAUCGAUUCAGACUGUAGUAUGCUUUCCGUUUUCAGGAGGUGUGGUUGAGCUCGGUGUGACUGAUUUGGUAUUGGAAGAUUUAAGCCUCAUUCAGCGCGUUAAAACUUUGUUCUUGGAUGAUCCACAGCCGAUUGUUUCUAACAGAUCGAUUCAAAUCGAUGGGAUGAACAACGAUCUUACUUGUCCUGCUCUUGAUCCUUUGAUCCUUGCCACCAAAUUGAGUCCAAUAUUAGGCUGUGAACAACUAGAAACAGUUUCUCCCGAUGAUAGUCCGGACGGCUUGGAGCCUAAGCAAUCAAGAGAAGAUUCAUUAUUGAUUGAAGGGAUAAAUGGUGGAGCUUCUCAAGUACAAAGUUGGCAAUUCAUGGAUGAAGAGUUCAGCAAUUGUGUUCACCAUUCCUUGAAUUCAAGUGACUGCAUAUCUCAAACCAUUGCGGAUCACCGAAAGGCCGUUCCUCUUUGCCAGGGAAAAAAUGAUAAUGGUUUGCAAGAUGUUGAAGAGUGCAAUCAGACUAAACUAACAUCUUUUGAUCGUCAAAACGAUGAUCGACACUUCCAUGAAGUUCUCUCGGCCUUAUUCAAGAGCUCACACCCGUUGAUUUUAGGACCACAGUUUCGAAACUCUAACAAGGAAUCGAGCUUUAUCAGAUGGCAGAAAAAUGGCUUGGUGAAGCCUCAAAAAGAAAGAGAUGAAACCCCUCAAAAGUUACUGAAGAAGAUAUUGUUCUCGGUUCCUCAUAUGCAUGAUAGAGGAUUGAUUGAAUCUCCUGAAACUAAUGCUGUUAGAGAUGCAGCUUGGAGACCCGAAGCUGAUGAAAUUUGCGGAAACCAUGUGUUAUCGGAGAGGAAGCGGAGGGAAAAAAUAAACGAACGACUUAUGAUAUUGAAAUCACUUGUCCCUGCAAAUAACAAGGCUGACAAGGUUUCUAUACUAGAUGUCACGAUAGAAUACUUACAAGCCCUCGAAAGAAGGGUUGCGGAAUUGGAAUCUUGCAGAAAGUUAGAAGCAAGAACGAAAAUCGAGCGAACAUCAGAUGACUAUGGCAAUAACAAAACUAACAACGGAAAGAAACCUUCCCUAAGUAAAAGGAAAGCCUAUGAUCUUGUUGAUGAAGCUGAUCAAGAGAUUGGCUAUGUUGCAUCUAAAGACGGUUCAACAGAUAAUGUUACUAUCAGUAUGAACAACAAGGAGCUUCUAAUCGAGUUCAAGUGUCCAUGGCGAGAAGGAAUAUUGCUUGAGAUAAUGGAUGCAUUAAGCAUUCUCAAUUUGGAUUGCCACUCAGUUCAGUCAUCUACCACUGAGGGGAUUCUCUCCCUGACCAUAAAAUCCAAGUACCAAGGAUCAAGUGUUGCAAAAGCAGGACCAAUCGAGCAAGCAUUGCAAAGAAUUGCUGGCAAGUGUUGAAGCUAUUUGUUCUAGAUUUUACCAGUUUCUUUUGUAAGAUCCCAUGUCAUAAGGUGCCAGAAGCAAGAAGAUUGAUCCUGCAUGCAAGUAGUAAAAGUAAAGGCAAUUAAACCUUGUUUGGAGCCUUGUAACAAAGCUUGACCGAUGACAUCAAUCUUUUUCACCAUGUAUUAACUUUGAGAAAUAUCAACUUUUCCUUGCAACUGUAACAGGAAAACAGCUUUGAGCAUUGUUUGAACAUGGAAACAGGAUUGUUAGGGGUUCGAAUUUCAACAA